AUGAGUAGCCAGGCCUUUUGGAGAGUCGGAGCCAUCUUCGGCGCCACCGCCGUCGGUCUCGGAGCCUUCGGAGCCCACGGCCUCAAGGGCCGCAUCUCUGACCCCGCGAAGAUCGCAAGCUGGUCGACCGCUGCCCACUAUCAGCUCAUCCACUCCGUUGCUCUGCUGAUCGCCCGCUCGAACCCUGUCGCGUCAGGUCUUUUUACCGCCGGCAUGACCAUGUUCAGCGGCAGCAUCUACGCCCUCAUUCUCAACCCUGAUCUCAAAUUCCUCGGCCCUGUCACUCCAAUUGGAGGUCUUGCCCUCAUUGCUGGAUGGCUUGCCCUGGCCUUCACCAAGGGACGCGUGGGAUUUCGCGUCUAA